AUGGGCAAACUCGCGUUUUUGCUUAAGGCACAAGUGUAUGCUAUUCUUGCAUGCAUCUUGUAUGUAUUGGCAUGCCUGUGUCUUUCACAUCCCAUACUGCAGCGCCAGUAUUUGUUCCUGCACAACGUGCGCAUCCCGAUGUUCGCGAAGUUUGAUACGCCUGAUUUGUAUGGUACGGAAGUGGGCCAAGUGCGAAAUUUCCGCCUCGAAUCGACCGACAACAUCACACUUGGUGCUUGGCACUUUCUGCCCGAGGCCUUCUACAAUGCAAAGAAGCAAGAUCUUCUCAGUGGCGAAAGUGAACUGCUCGAUGACAUUUACGACGAGGCCCUCCGUGAGUAUCCCACGUUCGUUUUCCUGCAUGGGAAUGGGCUAAACCGUGCUGCGUCUUUCCGAGUCCGCACGUGCAAUGAUAUUUCGAAACAUAUGCAGGCGAAUGUCAUUGCCAUCGACUACCGUGGCUAUGGCGAUUCUGACGGCUAUCCCACAGAGCAAGGAGUCAUUGACGAUGCGUAUGCAGUUGUGCAGUACGCCAUGCGUAAGGGCUACAAUGCCGAAACCGACAGGCAGCAGGGACUUUCUCUCGUGGGACAGAGUCUUGGGACAGCCAUUGCGACGCAAUGUGCUUUGCGCAUGUAUCGAGAGCGGCAGCAUCUGGACGCACUGGUGCUACUAGCUGCGUUCAAAGAGCUGCGCCCUAUGAUCACAGAAUUCCGCAUGGGUGGCAUUGUGCCGAUGCUCAAGUUUCUGGACUACUUGCCGCAAAAGGAGCAGCUUCUCGACAAUGUGUUUAUUUACAACUUCAAGACGCUUGACGCUCUAGCGGAGAUCAUGAACAGCACGAAUGAUCCAGGUGCUAUCGUGCCUCCUGUCAUGAUUUUGAUGCAUGCGAUGAAUGAUCGCGUCAUUGACAUUUACCACAGUCGUGACAUCUUUGAAAGGAUGCUGGAAAUCACAAGUGCAACAAAGUUGUCGUCCGCCUACCAGAUCUGGUCGUCGAGCGUACCGAACCUUGGGUACGUGAAUGCGAUCGUUAGCAAGACGGCACGUGCUCCUGAACGUCGAGGCCUUAUCCAGGGGGCACGCUUCGUUCUUCCGCGCAGCGCGUCGUUUUCCCUCGUCCAGUUGGAAAAAGGCGGUCAUGAUCACUUGCUGAAUGGCAAUGUCGACGUCUUGCAGCUCAUGCUGCCUGCCUAUAUGAUGGGCAACAGUGCCAGGUGA